AUGAUUGAGUUUGGGGAAAUUCAGUUACCGGCAGAGGUUCAUCAAUGGGUUUUGGCGAAGAUUGAUUUGCAGAUUGAGGAAAAUUACUUUGAAGACUUAUUAAGUGUCAACUGCCGGGCUAAGCGUCUAACCUCUCCCUCUGGAUUCUCCCUCUCUCCCCCCCCACCCACCCCCAGGGACCCCUCGGUCAAACGGACCAUCUGCAAACGCUGCUCCACGCUGCUCAUUCCCGGGAUCACAGCCGUCGUGAGGCAGAGAGGAGGGAGACGCAAAUCCGUGACCGUGAGGUGUCUGGCGUGUUCCCUCACCAAACGGUUCCCCAGGAAUCCGCCGGGAUACGUGCUGUGGGCCGAACGGCCUGAGGCAGAACAUCAGAGUCCUGCUCCAGGAGGGAGAGAGCGCUCCGGGCAGACAGUUCAGGAAGCAAAGACCGCUGAGCGUCCAGCGAGGGAAGAUGAGGCGAAAGGGAUGGAAAAAAGGAACUGAGGAGGGACAGAGUGUGAGUGCAGUGUGCAAUGCCGUUUACGGGAUUCCUGACAGUUUCCUACAGCGAUGAACAACGCCAGCUCUCGAUCCAAUUCCCCGACUCAAACUGUCCGCCCGCCCGCCCAACCUGUCAGGACCCAGGAGAACCGAGAACAUCGCCUGUUCGUGAUCGCGCGAGGCUGGCUGUACUUAAUACCCUGCUGAAUAAACCCUGACUCUGUACGGUUA